AUGGCCACUCAAAUUUCAGUCCAGCCAAGCGCAGGCAAGAUUGGGCCACGAAAGCAUCUCACUCCCCAGUGGGUCUCACUUGUGUCAGGAGGUGUAGCUGGUGGUGUUGAGGCUGCAAUAACGUACCCGUUCGAGUACUCCAAAACGAGAGUCCAGCUUGUUCAACAUGGUUCAGUGGCUAGGAAAAACCCGUUCCGGCUGAUCUUGGAUGUAGCCCGACAAGAAGGAGUCCGUUCCUUGUACACAGGAUGUACCACCUUGAUAGUUGGCACUGCUGGAAAAGCAGCAGUAAGAUUCGUGUCUUAUGACACAAUCCGCAAUUUCUUAUCCGAUGAGCAUGGGAAGCUUUCGGCAGGAGGAGGCAUUUUGGCUGGUAUGGCAGCCGGUGCUGUUGAAAGUGUUUUAGCUGUUACCCCUACCGAGCGAAUCAAAACUGCUUUGAUCGAUGAUGCAAAAACAAAUCGCCAAUUCAAAUCCGGCAUACAUGCUGCUAAAGUGCUAGUCCAAAGACAAGGCCUUUCUGAACUCUAUCGAGGCCUCGUUUCCACCACAAUCAAGCAGUCGGCUACAUCUGCAGUGCGCAUGGGAACAUACAAUAUCCUCAAAGAAAUGACCAAAAAGCAAGGGAUUGCCUCUAACGUGUUUACAUCGUUCGGAACGGGAGCUUUGGCGGGAAUCGUGACGGUUUAUGCAACUCAACCCUUCGAUACCAUCAAGACGAGGGCACAAAGUGUUCAAGGUGCUGGUAUUGUAGAGGCAGUUAAAAGUUUAAUGCGUGAUUAUGGUGUCAAGGGCUUCUGGAAAGGAAGCUCUAUGCGACUUGGGCGUCUAUUCCUCAGCGGUGGAAUCGUGUUCUCGGUAUAUGAACAAGUAUCAGGAUUGCUGUCCCCUGUUAAUUUCGAUUAG